AUCAGAAAACAUGUUCAAUAAAUUAUGUUGAACUAUUUAGCUGAGUAAAUCAAACCCCAACAAUGUGAAUUGAUAAAUUUAAAAUGAUAAAUAUCCAAAGGUCAUUUCAUGUAAAAGAUUGUCGCAGGUAUUUCUCGCGUCCCAUCAAAUGAAGUUAUUAAUUUUUAGUUAAUUGUAAUAUUCACCUUUAAUAUAAUAAUGAGUUUAAUCUCGACUGAUGCCGGUCCUGCCGAAAUCCUUAGAGCAUCACAAAAAGAUAUUUCAUAUGUCAAUAAUCUACAGCAGAAUGUCUUAGAAAUAUACAGGCACUUUUUUGGAUCUAGAUCCGUAAUAAUAUAUUCACCAUACAUAAAAUUAAUAACAGAAAUUUCUUACUAUGGGUACCUGGCAUUGUGCAACUUGCAAACACUUGGUGAAGAGUACACUGGUAUUAUGCAAGUUGAUCCUUCCUUUAUAACAAUUCCUAGUAAACAGCUUCACUUCUUGAGUAUACUUCUGCAAUGUGGUGGUGAGAGACUUUUCAGAAAAAUCAUUUUAAAUUCACAACGCAGUUUGCAGAAUAAUAAACAAUUACAGCCUAGAAUUAGACACAUUAUUUUAAACCUCCUGUCUGCCCUCAUCAAUUUACAACCAUUUUUUCAAGAAUUUCACAGAAGCUUGUUCUUUUUAGCAGGUGGUCAUUUUCACAUAUCCAAACGCAUUACGGGUAUUAAUUACAUCCUCGUACGACACUGGAUGAAAAAUCAUAAUUUUGAACGAGGUUUUAAAUUACUUGGAAUAAUCACAAUGGUUCACUCAUUGAUAAAUGCUGUUAAAAUUGCCAAGGAAUCAAAAAAUUGUUUAACACUUGAAUGCACUUUAGAGAAUGAAAAAAAUAUUAGUCAAGAUGAACAGGAGAGCAACAAUAGUUGCAAAUGCACACUGUGUUUAUGUGCAGCAAAAAAUACAUGUGCACUUACAUGUGGCCAUAUUUUUUGUAAAGAUUGCAUAGAUGAUUGCUUAAAUACUAAACCAGAAUGCCCGGUAUGUCGGGAACCAAUGUCCAGAUUACAUAUUAUACAUCUGCAAAAUCUUGUUUAAUUGUAUAUUUGAUAUAUUAAAAAUUAUAUACAGAAGAACCUCGAUUAUCCGGACCUCAGUUAUACAGAUUCGCGAUUAUCCAGACUACCAACUGCGACAGAGUUAUAUGUAUGUACAUACCUACAAUUCGAAUUUUUGCACGAUUUAUGUCGCAGUUUGUAUAUGUAUGUAAUAUAAUCUAAGAAAAUAUAUAUGUACAUACACAAGAAAAUUUGUAAAUUGUUUAAUCUGGGUUCUACUGUACCAAAAUAC